AGAGGCCGGAGGAUUUCCGAAGCGAGCGGAAGCGCCUGCCAGAGUCUGAAGGAGCCGAAGGGAUGGCUGGCGUGUCCCGGGAGCCGGAGGCGGAGGGGGAGGCCGAGGCGCUGGCUGCGGCGCGCGAGCGGAGCCGCCUCUUGCUGAGCGGCCUGGAGCUGGUGCAGCAGGGCGCCGAGGCUCGCGUCUUCCGCGGCCGCUUCCUGGGCCGCGCGGCCGUGGUGAAGCACCGCUUCCCCAAGGGCUACCGGCACCCGGCGCUGGAGGCGCGGCUCGGCCGGCGGCGGACGGUGCAGGAGGCGCGCGCGCUGCUCCGCUGCCGCCGCGCGGGGAUCGCUGCCCCGGUUGUCUUCUUUGUGGACUAUGCUUCCAACUGCUUGUAUAUGGAAGAAAUCCAAGACUCCAUGACUGUUCGGGAUUAUAUUCAAUCCACUAUGGAGACUGAAAAGGACCCACAGGGCCUCCUGGGCUUGGCCAGGAGAAUCGGUCAGGUUCUGGCUGGAAUGCACGACCAGGACCUCAUUCACGGGGACCUCACCACCUCCAACAUGCUCCUGAAGCGGCCCCCGGAGCAGCUGCACAUCGUGCUCAUCGACUUUGGCCUGAGCUUCGUGUCAGGACUGCCAGAAGACAAAGGCGUCGACCUCUAUGUCCUGGAGAAGGCCUUCCUCAGCACCCACCCCAACACCGAGCCUGUGUUCGAGGCCUUUCUGAAGAGCUAUGGCGCCUCGUCCAAGAAGUCCAGUCCGGUGCUGAAGAAGUUAGAUGAGGUGCGCCUGAGAGGGCGAAAGCGGUCCAUGGUCGGGUAGCACAGCGCUGUGAUGCCUGGCUCACGGCGAAGAAUGCUGUGGGUGCGGCUGGACCCCAGCAAGGCUGUGGGGUCGUUAAGUGGUCUGUGAUCGUGCUGUGCCACCAUCGUCUGUGGCUCACUGUUCUCAGGGGUUUAUUGUAUAUAAGGUUUGUUCUAGGCAGAACUGGGUGAGUAGCCCAGGCUGGCCUCGAACUAUGUAAUUGCGGAUAACCUUGAACUUCUGUAUCCAUUGGAGUAUAAGUGUGUGCACACGCCCCUCCCCCAAAUACACAUACAUAUAAUUACACAUCGAAUAAAUUCUUAAAAUAU